AUGCCUUUCAGUCUACUCCCCUCCGUCUACGCAAAGUCGAUCCUCCCGUCGGUAAAAGACUGGGAGGCUGUUUGGGAGACUUGGGACACUGUGACUCUCAAGAUGCUUCCCAACGACGAGCUCCUGGAUAAGCCGAUCAAACUAAGAAAUGCUUGUAUCUUUUAUCUGGGUCACAUUCCGACCUUCCUCGACAUCCAGCUGUGCAAGACGACGGGCGAAGCCGCGACCGAACCGGCCUACUACACUAGCAUCUUUGAGCGCGGCAUCGACCCGGAUGUCGACAACCCGGAGCUCUGUCACGACCAUUCAGAAAUCCCUGACGAGUGGCCUGCGCUCGAUGAGAUCCUGGGCUACCAGAAGCGGGUCCGCGAACGGAUCCGGGCAUUUUAUGCAGCCAACGUCGGCAGUACAUCCCAGACGGAAAGCCACGCACCGGUAACCCGGCCUGUGGCCCAAGCCAUCUGGGUCGGGUUUGAGCACGAGCUCAUGCACCUUGAGACACUGCUCUACAUGAUGCUGCAGAGCGAUAAGACCCUCCCUCCACCGGACGUGCCGAAGCCGGACUUUGCGAAGCUGGCUGCCAAGGCGCGGGCAGCCCGUGUCGAGAACCAGUGGUUCGAUAUUCCUGCCCAAGACGUGGUGAUCGGCAUUGACGACCCCGACAAUGGGACCGACCUGACGCGCAACUUUGGAUGGGACAACGAGAAGCCAGCCCGUGCAGUGCACGUUCAUGCCUUCCAGGCUCAGGGGCGGCCUAUCACCAACGAAGAGUACGCGCUUUACAUGUACAACAACUCCGUCGACAAGAAUCCUGUCUCGUGGUCCGAUGUUAGCGAGCACACGGAGAGUCAUGCCAAUGGACUAUCGAAUGGGGUUUCACACGGACAUGCAAAUGGCCAUACGACUAACGGGCACGCCAACGGUGACUCCAAGACGCUUCCCUCGUCGUUCCUGAAGGGUAAAAUGGUGCGCACAGUGUACGGCCUCGUGCCUCUUGGGUACGCGCUAGACUGGCCUGUGUUUGCCUCAUACGACGAGCUCAAGGGUUGCGCAUCGUGGAUGGGUGGCCGCAUCCCGACGUUCGAAGAAGCACGCAGCAUUUACCAGCACGUGGACCUUUCACGGCAGAAGCAGGGCGCCGACAAGAAGCUCGGCAAGACGCUUCCAGCAGUCAACGGCCAUCUGUCCAAUGACGGCGUGGAAGAGACACCCCCGGAGGCCGCGGACGUAGCCGGCAGCUCGGCCGGGCAGGGCGACAACUUGUUUGUUGACCUGGACGGUGCCAAUGUAGGCUUUCAGCACUGGCACCCCGUGGCCGUGACAGCGCACGGCAACCGACUGGCGGGUCAGGCCGAGAUGGGCGGCGUGUGGGAGUGGACGAGUUCGCCGCUGCGGCGUCAUGACGGUUUCGAGCCGAUGCAGCUGUACCCGGGGUACACGGCGGACUUUUUCGACGAGAAGCACAACAUUGUCCUGGGCGGAUCCUGGGCUACGCACCCGCGCAUCUCGGGCCGCAAGUCUUUUGUCAACUGGUACCAGCGCAACUAUCAGUACGCCUGGGUCGGUGCCCGGCUUGUGCGCGAUAUCUAG